AUGUACACAGGCAACUUUAUUAGUAGCGCUGCAGAUGGCUAUACUCCGAAUAUUUAUCGUAUAACAUCUCGAUUCUUCGGUCCUACGAGAUCACUUGUUUUUAACGGAAGUCUAAAAGAUCCCGGAUUUAAUCAAACAAAUCAUACAGCAACUAAUCAACAUUGGUAUGUUGAACUGGCCAACAGUGGCAAUUACAUCAUCAACCCAGUUGAUCGACCUGAAAUGUAUCUGACGGCAGAUGCUAACGAUGGCCGCAUUAUAAUUGACUAUAAAGAACAUUCUUGUGCGUGGUGUCUGAUUGAAGAUGACGAUUUUAUUGGAGCAAAGUCACCUGGUCGAUAA